UCAUCCCGUGCCAGAGUAUAUCACGUAACAACCAACAAAGUUAUCCUGGGAGAAGGUUGCUUGCCGGCAAUUCCAGUCCAAAGCAAACAGGAAAAAAGGGGAAACAAAGAAAAAGUGAAAGAUAUCACAGUUUAGUGGGCUCCCGCUCCCAAUCGUCGCUGGGCUAAUCUAAUACGAAAGAAGAAUAGAGAAGAAAGCCUCUCUCUCGUCACUGUACUCAUGCGUCUUUAUUUUUCUCAAUCCAUCUCUGAUUCCAGACUUCUGCGAUUCAAUCCCCUCCCUCCAUUCCUCCUCACAAAUACCUAGGCCAUCCUCCGAUCAAUGUCCGUACCCGGUGGGACACCAGUUCGGAUGGCCCGGAAGAAGAAGAACAAGAAGCCCCUUGUAAAGGUUUCCCGAUCUUCCCCUCACUUUCCCUAAGAAAACUCGCUGUAAUUCCAUCACUCAGUCCCACCCGUUCAUCUCAGGGUCUUGAUCGGUAAUCGCCGUUGAUUUUUUCCCCUCUUUUUCCGUCAUGGAGUCUUUGAGGAGGAAGAGGAAAGGAAGCGAAACCCUUGUUCGCCCCGAUCUUCUACGUAUUUUACCGUCCUGUCGGAAAACCUCAUCAUCGUCGCAUCUGUCGUUGGAAGACUGCUCGCGUCAGAAGAAGAAGUGCAAGGAGCACAAGCAGCAGGAAGAGACCGAUGCUGCCACAUCUUCCAAGAGCAGACUCACCGGUGUUGUAACGGCCCCGCCUUUGGGCAGCUCAUCGACAGACCCACCUGGACGUGGGCUCAAGCGGAAACUAGGAUGCAUCGAGUCUGCUACCCAGAUCGGACGCAAGAAGAAGCUCGAGCAGGAAUAUGUUCUCGGCCCUGAGAUCGGGCAGGGGAAGUUCGGGUCCGUCCGCAUCUGCCAAAGUAAAGCCAGUGGGGCACAAUUCGCGUGCAAAACCCUGCCGAAGGUGGGAGAUGAGACUGUCCAUCGGGAAGUUGAGAUAAUGCAGCAUCUUUCCGGGCAUCCGAGUGUCGUGACGCUGCAGGCAGUUUAUGAGGAUCGCGACUGCUUCCAUCUUGUGAUGGAGUUGUGUUCAGGGGGACGGUUGCUUGAUGAGAUGGUUAGAGAGGGACAGUAUGCUGAGCACCGGGCUGCGAUUUUGAUCAAGGAACUGAUCUUGGUGAUCAAGUAUUGCCACGAUAUGGGGGUCGUGCACCGUGACAUAAAGCCAGAGAAUAUCCUUCUUACGGCGACAGGGAAGGUGAAGCUGGCAGACUUCGGAUUGGCUGUGCGGGUUUCGAAUGGUCAGAGCCUGUCUGGUGUGGCCGGGAGCCCAGCCUAUGUUGCCCCAGAAGUUCUCAUGGGACAUUAUUCAGAGAAAGUAGACAUCUGGGGUGCUGGUGUCCUCCUUCAUGCCCUGUUGGUUGGCGUCCUUCCCUUUCAUGGGGACACUUUGGAGGAUGUUUUUGAGGCAAUAAAAACUGUGAAGCUCAAUUUCCAUGGUGGGAUGUGGGAGUCUAUAUCGAGACCUGCCCGGGAUUUGCUCGGGCGCAUGCUGACCAGGGAUGUUUCAACAAGGAUAACCGCAGACGAAAUACUAAGACACCCGUGGAUUGUGUUCUACACGGAACGCACACUGAAAACACUAACCAUCAAGUCGAAAGUUAGAAACCAAGGAGGAGAGCCUUCCUGCCUAACUCCUGUCAGGCCUGGACUGGUUGUGGAAAGAAUAACCAUGUCUGAAAUGCCUACGGUAGAAAGCUUGGGCCGUCUCCUGUCGUUGGGAAGUUCGAGCCAGAAAUCCGAAGAGCAGGAAGACUGUGGCUUGGUCGAUGCGCUUACUGCAGCAAUCUCGUGCGUGAGGAUAUCUGAACCUAAGCGGAGCAGGCUCUGUGGCCCAGUUAACCCGAUCCAACAGGAGUGCUCCUCUAAAAUGAAGGCUAACCUCUGUACAGCAUUUUGAGUCUGAUGUAUAACAUCUGACACCUCCACCACGCCAGAAGACGAAAUUGGUGGUGGGGCAACUUACGCAACAACACGAUUUGAAGCUGACCUGACCGUAACUCAGCGAAAGAUGCGACAGUCUCAGGUUCCAUUUUUUUUUCCCUGAAGGCCUGAAAGUAGUAUGCUCUUCUUGGUUUUGACUCAUGCCUUAGCUUUAACCUAAUUAAGAAUUGUGGGGGAGCUGGCGUGUAAAUUGCAUGUAGAUAGAACGUGGGAGUUUGUGUGUGCGUGUGUGCUCGUGCGUGCGUGUGUGACUUUGUUCAAUGUUUAAUGCCAUGGAUUUUGAUCUCAUGUUGAUAACGAAAUCCGUGACACUUGAAGCUAAGGAAUGUAUUUCAUCCCCUUUAGAUGGUUGUCAUA